AUGACGAAUCAGCCUUCCGAGAGCAUCGGCCCCAAUUGGCCACCUCAUAGGCUCUCUGCCGUCCGUCGGCGAGCGUUGCUCCUCGCUGGUUUGUUUGUGCUGUCCCUCACGGCAACUCUGUUUGUCAGACUUGUUGCGAUCGAGGCAGCAACACUUGAACAACAGACUCUUGUUAAGCGACAAUUCCAGCUCGGUGGGUUUCUAGGAAGCGUGUUUCGAGAGGUCAUUGGGGCCAGGCCUAUGGAAAGACCAACGGUAGCUCAGCCUGUGAAGCAAGAUGCCACCGCCUCGACAUCAAGCGUCAUCGUUAAAACGUCUACAGCGGCAACAAUCCUCAUUGAAACCACGAAACCAAGCAUGCAGGACACUCCCAAGUCAAAUUUUUCUGGUAGCGGUCCCGAUCAAUUACUGGAAACCUUAGCAGCGGCACUCCCAUCGAGCAUGCCAGACCAUCGCCAUAAGAGCACUCUCGCCGAUAUGAUUGCAAACCAGCCCAAUGCACAGCCAAUCUCGGUGAACUCUUCACCAUCUUCCCCUCACACACCUCAUCCGAUUGGGAUCCUUGGUGGCGUCUCGGGAGGUGGCCCAGAGUUGCGCAUUCACAAUGCCCGAGCAAUCUCAGAUAAACCCUCGUCGAAAUCUUCUGCUGAUGGUCCUACUUUCUUGAGCGAUAUGUCAAAAAUUGUUGCGGAAAUAUCGGAUAUCGAUCCCAUAGCAGCUGCCAAGCUCACGGACACAGUUCUUGAUGCUCUUCAUGUGGAUUCAUCCGCUAUUGCUUCAGCUAUUCCAAAGGUGGCAACCCAAGCUGCUGUUUCGGCCGCUGAUUUACUGCCUCUUAUUAUUCCUGCCGUCGCCCAGGCCAUGGACCAACCUCUGCCGCAAGUGCCUUCUGUGAGCUCACUGGACAUGGCGGAGACUCUGGACAAAGUUCUCCAGCAAGGAACAACAGUCAUCAACGAUCUGAGCAGGGCCAUGGAAGACAUCACGGAUCCAUCUCUUCUAGGUGUCCUGAACGAGCUUGCUAUGAUUGUUGGUGCUGUUUCCAAUUAUCUGGAGAAACCUCUUUGCGCUGUUGAUCGGGCCGUAAACGGAACCUCCUUUGAAGCAGUCAUACCUUGCGAUUCCGCCGAAGCGCAGUCCCUCAAUUCAACCGGCCAGCUCACAACAUUGGCUGCACCUAUGCUGCCUGAGCCAACCCAGCAUUCCUCUAGUUCAGGAGCAACCGCUACGAUGGCACCGCCUGUCCCAUACUCAUCCGAUAAUCAGGCGCCGUCUCCAAAUCCAGCUUCUCCAUCCCAACCUCCGGCAGAAGGCCCAUCGAAAACAAGCAGUCCAUCGCCCGCAAAUGGAGAGAAUGGAAAUGGGCCUGUAUCAAAUGGCGGUGCUCCGGCCGAAACACCGUCACCUGCUUCAGCUUGCCCGGCGUGUCCAUCUUGCGAACACACCAACGGACCAAGCCCUUGUCCUGGGAGGGGCUACAGGUGUGAUGAAUGCCUCAACGGAUGGUUCUGCCCUCCACAAGAGACACCGGCGCAAGUUGUCCCUUGCGGACUUGGCUGGCCAUGCUACCAUUGUUCGGAAGGGUGGUUCUGCACCCCAGAUGCAACACCCGCACCAACGUCUCCCCCAAGUUCCGCGGCAGGGCCCUCCUCUGAGAACACAGGAAAGCCAGGUACAGAUGGCACUACAGCUCCAACGGCGCUUCCCAGUGCCAGUGAUGCUGGUGAUAUUCCAGCCGGUUGGAGCCAUCGAGGAUGUUUCCAGGAUGCUAUUUCCAGAGUCUUGCUCAACAGCAAACCCGUGCAUUAUGUUCAGGGAAACAUGUCUUCCAUGAUAUGCGCGGACCACUGCCAGUCUGACAGGUAUGAGUUUGCCGGUACGGAGAAUGGGAACGAAUGCUGGUGUGGAACCUCCAUCCGCGAUGACGCUGUCAAGCUUCCAGACUCGCAGUGCGGAGAGCCUUGUGGAGGCCAACCAACCGAGAGCUGCGGCGGCAACUGGACUAUGAAUGUUUUCUCAUGCUCUGACGAAGCUGGGGCCCGAGCUUCUGACAAAUCGACUGGUGGGUUCAUGUAUCAGCUCCUGUCAACCUUCAGAGGCAACAACAGAGGCACAAUUCACCAUCCUUUCUGA